AUCUUAUUUUGGCAUUUCCGGUAUGGCCUGCACCGGAAGUGACUCUUCAUUCGAGGUCAGCGCUUGAAACAAAACGCUUUUUUCUGGAAUAUGUCGAUAAUAUUUGGUCUCCUGAAAGUAGCAUCAUGUCCUGCUCAGGAACAUGUGACAUCACUUCCUUGUCCCCGAGAUGAGCAGCAGGAUUCCAGAUGAGCACCCCCAGAGGCCAUCAGGGACAUUGCAUGGAGGACACCCGGGAGACAUCCAGCAUGAUCAGCAAUUUAUUCCGUAGCAGAGGCGUGCCACGGGCGUAGUCACAGGUGGGAGUCUUCACCGAGCGCAGGAUGCACACGUUGGUGUCGGGCUGCAGGAUGAGUUUGGCUGCGCUUUUCAACGGGCUGCUGGUGUCCGUGGUAGCAGCUCUGCUUUGGGAGUAUUCCAAGUUAAGAGAGCACGCCGCCAUGCUGGAGGAGGAGCUGCACAUGACGCGGCCGUCCCAAGAACUCACUCAGGCCCAUCUGGACUAUCACCUGGCCCUGCGAGCGCUUCAAGAAGAUGGCACCCGCAUGGUGUGCAGCAGCAAAAUGCACACCGAUCGCAUCUGCCGCUUUGAUGACCUCUGCUACAACGCGGAGGCCGAAGAGUUUGUCUUCUUUCAUUCUAACUCCUCCGUCAUGUUGCCAAACCUUGGUUCCAGACGCUUCCAACCUGCUCUGCUGGACAUGUCCUCGGUAGAAGACCACAGUACGCAGUACUUUAAUUUCUUGGAGCUCCCGGCGGCCGCUUUGAAGUUCUUGCCCAAGCCCGUGUUUGUGCCAGAUGUGGCCUUCAUUUUAAACCGCUUCAACCCCGACAACAUCAUGCAUGUGUUCCACGAUGACCUUCUGCCGGCCUUCUACACCAUGAAGCUGUAUUCCGACCUGGACGACCACGCCCGCUUGGUGUUCAUGGAGGGCUGGGGGGAAGGGCCGCACUUUGAUCUCUACAAACUGCUGAGCAACAAACAGCCUCUUCUCAAAGAACAGCUAAGGAACUUUGGAAAGCUCAUCUGUUUCACCAAGUCAUACGUGGGCUUGUCCAAAAUGACGACCUGGUAUCAGUACGGUUUUGUGCAGCCACAGGGGCCCAAAGCUAACCUGUUGGUUUCGGGGAACGAGAUUCGUCAGUUUGCCAAAGCUUUUAUGGAUAAAAUGAACAUAACGAGAACGGCCAGGAAAGCUGCGGACGACAAAUACAUCGUUGUGUUCAGUCGCUUAGCAACACGGCUGAUAGUCAACGAGGCUGAGUUGAUCAUGGCGCUGGCUCAGGAGUUCCAGAUGAAGGUCUUCAAGGUGUCCCUGGAGGAGCAGUCUUUUCCCAGCAUUGUCCAGGUGGUCAGCGGGGCCUCCAUGCUCGUCAGCAUGCAUGGGGCUCAGCUCAUCACCUCUCUUUUCCUCCCCAGAGGAGCAGUGGUGGUGGAACUGUUCCCUUUUGCCAUAAACCCAGAGCACUAUACUCCAUACAAAACCCUGGCCACUCUUCCAGGCAUGGACCUUCACUAUGUUUCAUGGAGGAACACCGAGAAGGAGAACACUCGGACCCAUCCCGACAGAGCUUGGGAACAAGGAGGCAUUGCUCAUUUGGAGAAGGAGGAGCAGGACCGAAUCAUGACCAGCAAAGAAGUCUCACGCCACUUGUGUUGCCGCAACCCAGAGUGGCUCUUUCGGAUCUACCAAGACACCCGAGUAGACAUUCCGUCGCUCCUUGACGUUGCCGGGGAGGCCUUGAAGUUACAGCACGGCUUCAAGACGUCCAAGCCCGCCAGCAAGAUCCAUCCAGGCCGGGUCAGAGAAGCCCAGUGUCAGACCUCGGUGCAAGCUACCGACAAGGCGAAGCUCACCAUCUCCUGGCACAUCCCCUGGAAUCUGAAAUACCUGAAAGUCAAAGAAGUCAAGUACGAGGUAUGGAUUCAAGAACAAGGAGAGAACACCUACAUGCCUUAUAUUCUUCCUCAGCAAAACUACACCUUUUCAGAAAAUAUCAAGCCUUUCACCACCUACCUGGUGUGGGUCAGAUGUAUAUUCAACAACAACCUUCUGGGCCCCUUUGCAGACGUUCUGCUGUGUCGAACUUAAGGAAUGUGCUGCUCUAGCCUCAUUUCAGCCCCAUCAACAUGCGAACCAGACAAUUUACAAGGCAGCCCAGUAGUUACUUCUUCUUAGAAGAGAGGAAAAUAAAGUCUAUUGCCGUUAAA